AUGUCCGAGAAUGUCCCACCUCCUCUUCCAAGGCACAAUAGAACAACAAAGCUCACAGUCGCCUCAGAUGAAGAGCGCCAUACUCCCACCACCACUUCAUCUUCCACUGCAAAGCACAACAGCAACUUUCUAUCAACCACAGACGUAUUUCAGGAUACAGGCAAUAUUUCCGCUACCAACAAUCUGCUCAUCAGAGGCGGUCAAGUACCUGACAUCUUUCAAUCCACCGAUAGGCAAGCGACGACUGUUCCCACCAUUGAUCCACAAGCAGAAGCUUCGGCUACUGCUGCUCCUCCUUCACAACUCGAACGUGAUAGCAAGAAAGAGCCCUCUCAAGCCAUUAAAAAGGAAAAUAAAGAAAAGAAAGGAGACGCUGCAAAUGCCAAGGAGACGAAACUGAGUGAUGAGCAAGAGUUGACUGCAGACGCUUUAGCAGCAGGCGAUGGAAAGCAGGAAGAAGAGGAAGAGUACGACGAUUUGGCACAUCCAUAUGAUUUAGCAGGGUAUCAGAAAUUGAGCAAGAUUGGAGAGGGCACUUAUGGUAUUGUGUUCAAGGCUCGACAAAAGGACUCCAAUAAACUGGUUGCAUUGAAAAAGAUACGACUGAAUCUUCAUGAAGGUGUGCCCACCACGACCAUCCGAGAGGUAGCUAUUCUAAAAGAGAUGAAGCAUGAAAACAUUGUCAAGCUUGUGGACAUGAUCCAGCGGGAUGCCACCAUCUAUCUUGUGUUUGAUUUCUAUGAAGUGGAUCUAAGAAAAUACAUGGACACAUUGAAGCGGCCUGGAUUGACAGCAAAGCACAUCAAGAGUUUUAUGCAUCAGUUAUUACGGGGCCUGCAUUACUGUCAUUCGCACCGGAUAUUGCACAGAGAUUUGAAGCCACAGAAUCUGCUGAUUGACUCUCGUGGUAAACUGACUAUUGCUGAUCUUGGGCUAUCUCGUGCUUUUAGCAUACCGAUGAGAACAUACACACAUCAGGUCAUUACUCUAUGGUACAGAGCGCCAGAAAUUUUGCUCGGUAGUCCGCAUUACUCUACCGCUGUGGAUAUGUGGAGUGUGGGCUGCAUUAUGGCUGAGAUGAUUACAAUGAAGCCUUUGUUUCCAGGAGGGGCACAAAUUGAUCAGCUAUUUCGCAUUUUCAGAAGGCUGGGCACACCAAAUGAAACAAUCUGGCCAGGCAUAUCUACACUGCCUGAUUACAACGAGCAUUUUCCCCCUUGGAAAGCAGUGGAUUUACGAGCAUCGCUGGAACGGUCUUCGUCUUCCAUCGAUCUUCCUGAUUCAGCAUACGACCUGCUCAAGUCCAUGCUUGAAUACAAUCCUGUCCUUCGUAUAUCUGCUAUCAAGGCCGAGGAACACACUUAUUUUUACGAUGAUAUCACCAUGCUUUCUCUAUAG